AUCACAUUGAAAACCGUAAUUUAACAGACAGAGACCAUACUACAGGCUUGUUAAUUGUACCCCAUUUUGAUGAAAGUGUUAAUAUUUCUGAUACUACUAUGAAUGAAGAUAUAGUUAACUCGAACCGAAUUAUGGUCGCAGAUAAGAAUGGGAAUGUUUAUAUACCAGAUGACCGACAAAUAAGAAAUAAUGAAAACAUACAGCAGAUCGUUACAGCAGUCCCUUCAAAAUCUAACACAAGAAAGAAAGUUAAAAACGUAACUAAAUGGAAAAGAGUUGCGGCUAAAAUUGCAAGACUAAAAGGUUCUCCCUAUCAUUCAACUGUAGCAAAAAAAAACCCUGAAAUAGACGGUCGUGAAAUGAAACCUCCAUGUAAGUGUAAAUCUAAAUGUUACGAAAAAGUGCCUAAUGAAACAAGAAUACAAAUAUUUGAUGAAUUUUGGAAAAAAUGCAGCAGUUGGGAUCAACGUCGCCAGUUUAUAGCCUCUAACGUCACAAAAAAACAAAAACACACAAUGAGAACGACUGGGAACUUAGAUACUGACCGAAGGAAGUUUACAUACGAAUAUAGACUUAUUGUAAAUUCUAAGAGCGAAAAAAUAUGCCGGAAUAUGUUUCUUCACACGCUAUCUAUAGGAGAAAAGUUUGUUAAGGUGAGUUUGGAGAAACAGCUCGAUGGAGGGUUGGUAGCUCCAGAUCAGAGGGGAAAGCAUAUUCCUGGUAAUAAAACUUCAGAUGUGGUAGUGCAAUCAGUGAUGGAUCAUAUUAACUCAUAUCCAUGUUAUGAGAGUCAUUAUUCACUCCAAAUUUGGUAGCCAAAGAAUGGUUGUAUCGAAACAUUUUCAACACCAAAUUCAAUUUAAGCUUCAAACUACCGUCGAUCGACACAUGUGAUGAUUGCGAUGCAUUUGAGAGAAAACUGUUAGAUGUUGUGGAUGAAGAGCUGAAACAAAAGAUAGAAAAAGAAAAGGACA